AAUUAAAUAAUAUUUGGUUGAAGCACAGGUAAAUUUUUGUUUGGUAGUCUUUUCUAGGCAGAUAGAAGAUGGGAAAAGUAUCUCUCAAGCGAAGGAACAAGAACAAAGAACUGCAAAAAACGAAAGGGUGUUCAGAAUCAGACUAAAGAAAGGAAAUUAAGAAUGGAUUAGGGUUUUGACAUGGAGGUGUCGAUCAAGUAUUGUAGCUUCCUACUGGAUCUGAAACAUUAAAAAGACCUCAGCUUGGAUCUGUUUAUUCUUCAACCAAACAAACACAGCCACACAACAGACAAAAAGUCUAAGACAACAUGCAUGCUAAGCAUCGAAGUCCUGGAAAUGGGUAUAGAUCUAAUUCAAUGGGAAUGGGAAUGCCUCCUGAAGGGUCAGCUAGAGGCCGUGCAUUUUAUUCAGAAUAUCGAAGCUUUAAUCGGGGGUUUGGGCGUGGCCAGGGCCAGCCUAAAUCAUUUCAGCAAUCAAACCCAACACUACGAAAAAGUGAUGUUUUUAUGGAAGCUGGUCGACUUGCAGCUGAGUACUUAGUUUCUCAAGGACUGCUGCCUCCUAGCAUACUCACUGUUAAAAUGCAGAAUGGUACUUUUAGAUCAGAAGAUGGAGAAAACAUGCAGCUUCCUCCUGAAGGCACGCCAGCCCUUGCUCAUCUUGCUAAUUCUGGUUCUGAUGUUGGGUUUGGUAGGAGAAAAUAUCCUGAUGAUAAUAACUCAAUGGGAUUGAGGAAUUAUUUGAAUCGAAGGAAAAAAGGAGGGUUCUUCAAGAGUAACAGCUUGGACUGGGGAAGAGAAUACAGGAGAAGUGGAUCAUGCUCUGAAAAAGGUAGGAUAUCCCCUGAUAUUGAGGAUGAUUUUGAUUCUUAUCCUGGAAAUCAAGAGGAGCAACAAGUUAGUAAAGAUGUUGGUAAUGGAUUGCAGAAGCCAGGUUUAGGUGUGUUAGCACCAAAAAGUGAUGAAGUCAGCGGUUUAGAGUCUGAAUUGGAAAAGUACAAUAUCCAGGGCGAAAUGGGAUCCAGACCAAGUUCUUCUAGUGUUGGGAAAGAUUUACUGCAUGAUACUGACGUGGAAUUCUCCAAGAAGCCUGUGGAUUCAACAAACAUGGAUAUGGAGGCUGGGGAGCUAAAAGAUGAGAUUUGUAAUGAUGAAAUUGAGGAACAAGAUGCCUUGGAGGAAUCAGCCAUCAAACAUUAUCCUCUGGAGGAUGAUACUUCAACCAAGAGUAACACUGACCUGCUGACAUUGUGCAGAUUUUCCAAGAUGCCUACCAAAAUCCGUUCUUCUUUAACGUAUAAAGGCCUGAAGGUUGAUUCAGUUUCAAAUCAUGAUUUGGAAAAGACUUCUGAUACCAUACUUCCGAUAGGAUCCGAAGUGUUAGUUGAAAAUAACUCUUUGGUUGGCUCUGCUGUUGGUGUACUGCCAGAUAAAACUCUUGAUUCAAAGUGCCCUGACUCUGAAAUAUCUAAAUCUCCGCAUGUGCAAUCUGUUGAGGGUGAUGGAGCAUUAGGUUCUGUUUAUGGCAUCGAUCAAGGCCAAUUUAUGAGGUCUCAACCCUUCACAGAUAGAGUUUUAGUUUGUGAUGUUGAUCAGGAAUUAUGUCAGGGGCUUUCUGAUCUCCAAAAGUCUAGCUCCAUGGUCAGAGAGAGGGGUGAAAAACGAACUAUGGAAGAGCACGAUUCAGUGGAGGCAACCAAGAAAUUAAGAGAAUGGUUUCCUUCCAUGGUUACUAAUUCCAAUGAACAUUCAAACAUAUCUAGUAUGAGUGACAAUAAAGCAAGUUCACGAGAAGAAAGAGCUGCACCCUGUAAAAUGAGUCUUGCUGUUGAUCCAGAGAACUCAGUUAAUAGUUUUCAAUUCCCAAGGAUAGGCGGUGAACCUUGUGUUGAUUAUGCACGAGAGAAACAACUGUUUCCUGGUUCGUUUAGAAUUUGUGACCUUAAUCUUAUGGAAGCUUCUGACACAAAUGAGAAUCAUCAUAGUGAUCCAACUCUAAUCUUCCCUACUAUACCGAAAAAAGAGGCUACGCCAGUUGAUAUUGAUCUAUCAAUGAGUAAUUCCAUCAUGUCUGGUGAAUAUAGUAGACAAACAAAUGAUGGUAAGGAGAUUGAGAUCAUUGAUUUAGAGAAUGAUUCUGACCCAACAGAAAAGGCUCCUGAUAAUUCAGAGCGAAAGAUAGAUAUGUUUACAGGAAUGGAAAGCUUUCCUAAUCGUGUACAGAAUGCUGAUCAUAUUCCUGAUGUUCAGGAUAAUUAUGAUGGGCUUAUGUUCACACAAUUACUCAAUAACUUUCCAGAUUGUCCUGCAGUUCCAGUGGAUAUAAAUGCUCUGCAGAAUGAGAUGGCCAUUCACAAUGGAGAGGGGGCUCUUGGUGAUGAUGAUUCAAUAUAUAUGUCCCUUGGUGAAAUACCAUUAAGUAUGCCAGAUAUUUAAUUUCAUGGUUUUUUGCGUGGCUGGUAGCAGCCACCACCACAGGAGUAUGAGAAGCCCUUUUGAUUCGACAUGUGCUUUUAAAUCAAAGAAUAUUUGUUGGUAUUCAUAAUAUUCAUUGAUGGAGUUGUGUUGUUUUGCUGCUAAAAUGAAUGACUAAAAUUAUACAACUCCAGCACAGCUUUAGUUUAGAUUUGGUUUUGUUUAUAUAGGAUAAAUGUAUUCCUUAUGUAGGAAUGUUAGUAAAUGGUGAAUUCUCACCAUAUUUGGCUGUAGCAACUCAUUGAUAAACCUAAAGUUUAUCAUCAAGUUUGUGUUUAAAUCAACCAUUUCUUUCUUCUCUGCA